AUUGGUGUACCAGGCAUGUGUAGCGCCGAACGUAAUCCUUAUCAAGUAUACAGCUCGCCAGCUUUUCGAAUCUCCAAAGAUGCUAUGCUUACCAUACAAACUGCGCAAGCAUUCCCCGAUGGCUUUCCCACGGACUUUUCAAUUAUUUUGGCUUUGCGCAGCAAUCAAACGAAUCCAACGAAGGCGCCCAUUUUUACCAUCUAUUCGGACGAGAGUGAGGAGGUACUCUCGCUUAGUCUUGGCAAAGAGAUUAGUCUUAGCUAUGAGCAAUUAGAUGCGACUUUCAACCAACGUAACACCAUUAAUUUCGGGAUUGGUAUAAGUGAUACGAAUUGGCAUCGCAUUGGUGUGAGUGUGAAAGGCACGGCUGCAACUUUGGUGGUGGAUUGUACCAAGCAGGUGACGCGUAGAGUGGAGCGUUCUCGUGGCAGCACCAUUUCGACAAAUGGCCUAAUACUUACUGGCGCACAAAUGACAAAUGAUCAGGGAUUUUUCGCCGGUGAUGUGCAAUUGAUGGCCAUUGUGAAUAGUCCGGAAGCGGGUUAUGAAGUUUGUACACGUUAUGCCACACCUUGUGUGCAACAAGGCGUUGUUACUGUAGAGAGGUAUACAAGCGUUGGUGGAGGUGAUGGUGGUGGUGGUGGAGGUGCCAGUUGGUCGUGGUCAUCAUCAUCGAGCAGCAGCGGCAAUGGGCGAGCAGGUGAUGGGGUCGGUGAUGGCGCCGGUUUGGGUGGGGCCACGCUCGGUCUUUUCGAAGGUAGGAGACAACUCAAUGGCGGAGCAAUAAAUGGAGCUGUUAGUGGUGCCGGAAGUAAUGCCGGUGGUGGAGCCCAUGCAAGUGGUCCUAACUUUCAAUACAGCAAUUCACGUAGUUAUAGCUCGGGACCUCUGGUAGAUAGUGGCGAUUUAAUUGGAAACUUUCAAGUGAACGGAGGUGGACGAAGACAGGAACAAGGCGUAAAUGGGAUUAGCGGAAAUGCUGUUGGGGUUGGUGAGGGUGGUAAAGCAAGUGCUGCUCUACCAAAUUUCCCAGCAGAAUUUGAUAGCGUCGAUUCAGAUGAUUAUGCCAUCGACCCAAAUUUAGAUCUGAACUUUGACAAUUAUGUUGAUCUUACCACACCCUCUAACCAAGAAACUAAUGACAACGAGGAAGCCAGAAAAGGUUUGGACUCUGAUGGCAAUGAAUCCAACGUAAAUUCUACAGAGCCUCACAUCCCCGCGGUAAAUCGAAAUUUUGAUGGGCGAAGAAAUGGUGGCCCCAAACAGAAUUCGUCAGAUCCAAGCUAUGUUGUGGGUGGUAGUAACACCAUCUGUUAUCCCGGUCCCAGAGGUUAUACUGGCACCCCUGGACCACCGGGCGAACCAGGACCAAAAGGUGAAGCUGGUCGAGAUGGUUUGGCGGGCACUCAGGGCAUACAAGGACCGCCAGGACAUGUGUUUGUAGUUCCUACGACACAAGGUGGCAAUGAGAAGGGACCGGAUACACAGGCGGAGGCUCUGCGACAAAUGAUAUCUCAACACAUGAUGGCUUUGCGUGGACCAGAAGGUCCGAUGGGUCUCACAGGAGUACCUGGUCCACCAGGUGUGCCUGGUCAACGUGGUGAUAAGGGCGAACCUGGUGAUGUUGGGGAACCGGGGUUACGAGGAUUGCGAGGACCUAGUGGCCCACCGGGACGUGAUGGACGACGUGGUCGUUCUGGAAGAGAUGGAGAACGAGGGGCAGUUGGACCUCAGGGACCAAAAGGUGAAAUCGGUCCAAUGGGUACUAUUGGUUUGCCGGGUGAAAAGGGUCAUCGCGGUUUACCAGGCCUAACGGGUGAGAAAGGCCAGCAAGGUGUAGAAGGACAUCCUGGCGAAGAAGGACCACCUGGCCUGCCUGGUUUACCUGGAGAGUUGGGCCCUCGCGGUUUCCCAGGACCACGUGGUUUUCCAGGACCUGCAGGCAAUCCAGGAUUACAAGGAGCAGAAGGCCAACAGGGAGCCAAAGGUGCUACUGGUUUAACAGGACCAGCAGGACCUCCAGGCCAAAUAGGUCCAAAUGGUCCUCCAGGAGCACCUGGCCCUCAAGGAAAUCUUGGACCGCCCGGAAUUGCUGGGCCACCUGGUAAGCCUGGACUUCCAGGUUUACCUGGGGCAGAUGGUGCACCUGGUCAUGCGGGCACACCCGGCGCCAUUGGACCAAAAGGCGAUCAAGGAAUGCAAGGAGUACAAGGUCCUGUUGGAUUUCCCGGACCUCGCGGACUUAAAGGUGACGAUGGACAACGUGGUUCUCCUGGUGAUAAAGGCGAUAACGGCGAUAGAGGGUUAGAUGGUGAAAAAGGUGAUGCUGGUUUGCCUGGUGAACGUGGCUCACCAGGUUCACCUGGUAGCCCAGGCCCAGAAGGUCCAGAGGGACCAAAAGGUUUUGAGGGUCCAAGAGGUGAAACUGGUUCACAGGGGUUACCAGGCGAAAAGGGCAAACAAGGACCACAAGGAUUUCAAGGUUAUCCUGGUCCAUCUGGUGAUAAGGGAGACAAAGGGGCAACGGGAACUUCCGGGCCGGCGGGUAUAAAAGGCGAACGUGGUUUACAAGGGCAGUCGGGUGAACGUGGUGAAAUGGGCCCUAGAGGUUUCCGAGGUUCAAGAGGAAGACGGGGUAACGACGGUAAUCCCGGGCCGAAAGGUGACACAGGUCAACCUGGAGCACCAGGUCCUCAAGGUGAAAGUGGACCACAAGGGACAGAAGGCCCGCGUGGUUUCAUUGGAUUACCAGGUGCACCUGGCGCAGAUGGAAAGAACGGUGUUAUGGGUCCACCGGGAGAACGAGGACAGCCUGGCGAAGCGGGAAAACCUGGACCACCAGGGGAACCAGGAGUUAUUGGACCGCGUGGAGCACCCGGCGAACUAGGCCCUAUUGGAGAGUCUGGAGCACCAGGUUUGCCAGGGUUACCAGGAGAAGCAGGCUUACCAGGUGAAUCUGGCAAAGAAGGCCCCCCUGGUCCGAUUGGUCCUAUAGGAAUUCCUGGACCCCAAGGAGCAACAGGCCUUCCGGGUUUCCCAGGUGAACGUGGUCAUCAAGGUCAGCCUGGAUUACCUGGUCUGAAAGGAGAACAAGGUUUACUAGGUUCUCCUGGGUAUCCUGGUGAUAAAGGUCAAUCGGGGGAGCCUGGAAAUACCGGUCCCCAAGGUCCUCCAGGAAACCCUGGUCCUCCAGGUAGUGCUGGUUCACCUGGAGCGAAAGGUGAACCUGGUGAAAAAGGACCGAUUGGACCAGCUGGUAGAGAUGGCUUGACUGGAUUACGUGGCUUACCGGGCCCGCCGGGUCCUCAAGGUACGCCUGGUGAAGAUGGUGAUAAAGGCGAAACUGGACCACCUGGUGAGAAAGGUCUGAAAGGAAGUAGAGGCGAACCAGGUCCAGUAGGUUCGACCGGAGCACAAGGACCACGUGGUGAAUCUGGUCCACCUGGAUCGCCGGGUGACAAGGGACCGCCAGGAGAGACUGGUCGAAGAGGUAUUAAAGGUGAAGAUGGAAAACCCGGCCUACCAGGACCUGUUGGUAAACCAGGUGUCCAAGGCCUACCAGGGCCAGCAGGCCUUAAAGGUGAGCGUGGGGAUGAUGGACUUAUUGGUCCAGUAGGACCACCAGGUUUACCAGGAGAACAAGGCAGAAGGGGAUUGAAAGGAGUACAUGGACAACAGGGAAAACCUGGACCCCGCGGUCCUCAAGGUGCAACGGGUUCAGAUGGACCACAAGGGCCUCCGGGUCCUGUGGGUCCAAUUGGUAAAGCAGGGGAACCUGGAUCAACAGGCCCUAAAGGAGAACAAGGUAAAUCUGGACCAAUCGGCCCACCUGGCCGGCAAGGUAUACAAGGUCAAGAGGGACCAAAAGGUGCUGUUGGCCCACGUGGCUAUCCAGGCGCGAGAGGUGAGCCCGGUUUGAUGGGACCAAAAGGUGACGUGGGACCUGACGGUGAGGAUGGAAAACCAGGCGAGCAGGGACCAAUCGGAGAUAUGGGACCAGAAGGCAGAAUAGGUGAGCCUGGCCCAACAGGGAAACAAGGUCCUGAAGGACCAGCUGGCUUACAAGGAAGCCCAGGACCAAUUGGAGAAAAAGGUGAUAAAGGAGAUUUGGGGCCGCAAGGACCGCAAGGUAUUUUAGGCCCACAGGGUUUGCCCGGAUUGCAGGGUCAGCCGGGUACAAGAGGUUUACCGGGUGAAGUAGGUGAAACAGGAUUGCCCGGACCAGAAGGUGUACCCGGAAAAGAAGGCAGUAUUGGGGAGCAAGGACCAGCAGGACCCAAAGGUGAUCGUGGUAGACGUGGGCCGAAAGGGCAUCGUGGUGAGUUAGGAAUGGUGGGAUUGAAAGGUGAUCAAGGUGAUAAAGGUGAUCGCGGCUUACGUGGCCCACAUGGACCAGAGGGACGCAAAGGCGAACCAGGCCCUGUAGGAGCAAUCGGACCUAAAGGCAAUGAUGGACCCCAAGGCCAACCUGGACUAAUUGGUCCAUCCGGACCCAAAGGAACUGAAGGAGCAGCUGGCAAUAAAGGUGACACAGGCCCACCCGGACCGGCUGGACCACCAGGUGCACCAGCCGAAGCUCCACUCAUACCACCAGAACUGCUUUUCCAAAUGCAACAAUACUCGGGUACAAAAGCGGAAACACGUCGACGUCGCGAUAUAGAUAUGCACGAGGAUUUAGUGCCAUUUGAAGAGGAUGAUGACUUCAAUGAAAUUAUGGGUGUGCCUUCAGCGCCAGAACCAACAGGCGCCACACAAGACCAUCACAAGAAAUCAAAACGAAAACGUAAGAAGAAGCCAACACUACACGGCGAAACGGGUGCGGGCGGUAAACUGGUGGACAUGUACAGCGCCAUCUACAGCAUGCGUUUAGAAAUGGACCGCAUGCGCAAACCGACCGGCACGCAAGACAACCCCGUGCGCACCUGCCGCGACCUACACUAUGCACAUCCACAUUUCGAGAAUGGCUGGUACUGGGUCGAUCCGAACGCCGGCAUGCCCGAUGAUGCGAUCUAUGUCUACUGCAACAUGAGCGCCGGCGGCGAGACCUGCAUACAACCGGAUGCACAUACAGCAGAAGCGCCGUUGGUGCCGCGACGUCAAGCCGGCCAACUGGAUUGGUAUUCCCGCCUAAAUGGUGGCGAAAAAAUCACCUACGACGGUGUGGGCUCCGUGCAGCUGACCUUCUUGCGCCUGCUAACUGAGGAGGCGCAUCAGAACUUCACCUAUAUUUGCAGCAAUUCGGUGGCAUGGUACAGUGCAGCGGAGCAGGGUUAUGCGCAGGCGCUGCGACUGCUUGGCGAAAACGACAUGGAAAUCGCACACGAGGGUACAGAUCUUAAACCGGAAGUGCUGCGCGAUGAGUGUCAGCAACCGAACCAGCAUGGCGAGACGGUGCUGUUGGUACGCACCAAACGGCUCAAUUAUCUGCCACUGGUGGACUUCUAUCCGCAGGACUUUGCACGUACGGAUCAAGCAUUUGGCUUCAAGGUGGGGCCAGCAUGCUUCAAAUGAGCCAUCAAAUAACAACAAUAACACAUAUAACGUUAUAAAGAGAGCGAGAGAGACACUGAACGAGCGAGCUGAGAGUUUUAAAAAUAUUUAUCUAGUAAAAAUAUACCAACAACACAUAGAGUUAAUUACAUCAUAAGCAUAGAAGUUUGAACUUAAUCGACUGCCAUAAUUGUUUAAGAAAUCUAUAAGCAUUCGAAUUGUUGUAAGUUUAUUUAGUUUUAAAGUUUCUAAUUUGUUUAUAUCAACACUAUUUUAA